ACGGUUUUCUUUUCUUUUCCCCCAUACACCCACCACCUUCGUAGUAUUAGCUGGUAGCCUGUAAUAUCAUGGAAUCUCUUACUCGUGUCUCUAUGAGCGUCUGUCCGUUCGUCAAGGCCUCUUCUGCUCAAGCUCUUCGUCAAAUCAGCAAGAGCUCAGGUUUAGCCAACCAAGCUCGUCAAUGUCCAUUUAUGGGUGCUGCUAUGAGUGCCAAGGAGUCUUCCAGAAACUAUUCAUCUGCUUCUCGUCCAGUCAAUGCCACUGCUGCCAACCCUGUUUCAGACAGAAGUGCUACCGCUAGUCCUUAUGCCUUUACUGGAUCCAAUCUUUCCAGUCAAAGCGUUGAUGUUAAUGAAAAAGUUUCUUCAACUUCUUCAUCAGGCUCUCAAUUUGAUUACCAAGGAUUCCUUAACAAUGAGCUCCACAAGAAGAGAUCAGACAAGUCCUAUCGUUUCUUCAACAAUAUCAACAGAUUGGCCCAAGAGUUCCCAUUAGCUCACCGUGCUGAAGAACUGGACAAAGUUGCCGUCUGGUGUUCUAAUGAUUACCUUGGAAUGGGUAACAAUAAACAAGCUCUCGAUGAAAUGAAGCGUGUUUUGGACAAGUAUGGAACUGGUGCCGGUGGUACUAGAAACAUUGCCGGCCAUAACCUUCUGGCAAUUCGUUUGGAGGCUGAAUUGGCUGCUCUUCAUAAACAUGAAGCUGCUUUGGUCUUUUCCUCUUGUUUCGUGGCCAACGAUGCAGUCUUGUCUCUUUUCGGACAAAAAAUCAAGGAUUUGGUUAUCUUCUCGGAUGAAUUAAAUCAUGCUUCAAUGAUUCAAGGUAUUCGUAAUUCAAGAGCUAAGAAGCAUAUCUUCAAGCACAACAACUUGAAAGAUUUGGAAGAAAAACUUGCCCAAUACCCUAAAUCAACUCCUAAGUUGAUUGCCUUUGAGUCUGUUUAUUCCAUGUGUGGUUCCAUUGCUCCAAUCGAAGCCAUUUGUGAUUUGGCUGAAAAAUACGGUGCCUUGACCUUUUUGGAUGAAGUUCACGCCGUUGGUAUGUACGGUCCACACGGUGCUGGUGUUGCCGAACAUUUGGAUUUUGACGCUCAACUUAAGGCUGGACUUGCAUCCCCACCAACUCAAACUGUUAUGAACAGAAUUGACAUGGUCACUGGUACUCUUGGAAAAGCUUAUGGAUGUGUUGGAGGAUACGUUACCGGUAAGGCCAACUUGAUUGAUUGGUUUAGAUCUUAUGCUCCAGGUUUUAUUUUCACUACUACUUUGCCUCCAAGUGUUAUGGCAGGUGCUGCUACUGCCAUCCGUUAUCAAAGACAAACAUUAAAAGACAGAAUUGCCCAACAACAAAAUACUCGUUAUGUUAAGAACAAUUUGGAAAAAAUCGGUGUUCCAGUUAUUCCUAACCCAUCUCAUAUCGUUCCAAUUUUGGUUGGAAAUGCUGCUGAUGCCAAGAAGGCUUCUGAUUUGUUAUUAAACAAGCACAACAUUUAUGUUCAAGCUAUCAACUUCCCAACUGUUCCAAUUGGCGAAGAACGUUUAAGAAUUACUCCUACCCCUGGACAUGGCCCAGAAAUCGCUAACCAAUUACUUGAUGCUGUUGAUUCCGUAUUCAAGGAAUUGAACUUGUCCAAGAUUUCUGAUUGGGAAAACAAGGGAGGUCUUUGUGGUGUUGGAGAAGGAAACCCAGCUAUUGAACACUUGUGGACCGAAUCACAAUUGGCUUUGACCGACAAGGACUUGAACCCAAAUGUUAUUGACCCAGUCAUUCAACAUGUUGGUGUAAGUUCCGGUGUUAGUGCUUAAACCAAACACGCAUGAGACUUCGUGUUGUUACUACGCUUUGUUAUUGUACCUUGUUUGUUAUCGUCAAGUUGUGGGUGUGUUUUUUAUUCCUAUAUAGGUUUUUUUACUCAUAAACGGAUUCCAAAAGAA